ACCAAUCAAAAGAACGAAGUGAUGAAUCAUAAAGAAGUUAUGACUCCAAAUGUGAAAGAAAAUUUAAAACCACAAAAAAAGAAAAGGAGAACCGAAAAAAAACAAAAGAUGGAGAAAUCCAAUCCUAAAAAACUUGAAGAAGCAUCAAGAAAACUUAAGAAGAAGAAGAAUAUCUCGUUAGAAAAAUCCAAUAUGGUGAAAGAGAGAAGCCAAAACAAGAAUGAAGAUAAAGAUUCAAGAAAGAAGAAGACAACGAUAAACUAA